ACAUCUGCUUCUUGUGCAUCAGGCGAGUGUAUUGAACAAAUGACUUCCAUUGACAAGACCGGCUGUCAGCUAUGCGGCGUCACCUUCAACAUUAAUCGCAUCAGGACUCACAGCGAGCCUCGCAGCUCCGCAUGGGGCAAUUCUUACACCAGCAAGCACAAGAGCCGGGAAUGGGUUGCACUUUCUGGCGGCGAUGCACAGGAGUGUCCAGAUGGCGGUUGUGCUUCGGUUUAUCGGGGGAGACCACCAGGAGAGCUGAAGUUUUGCCUGCGCUU